CUCGCCACCAUGAACGGUAAAGCACGCGCGCGCGCUGCUCAGAGCCAGACGACGGGGAUAUACAAGCCAGAGUCAGUCAAAGAAGCUGCGCGAUUUAUGCGACACGGGCGAAGAACAACCCUGACCGUAUCCGACAUGGAACAAGCGUUCAAAGUUCUCAAUAUCGAGCCGCUAUAUGGACACAGUCAACAUAAUCCUCCGGUGUUCCGACGUGCGCUCCCCUAUCCUAACUCAAAUGCUGGCCCAGUAUACUUUGUUGAGGACGAGGAGAUCGACUUCGACCGCGUACUCCGAGAAGAGAAGCUAGCUCUGCCGAAGGGUGUCACAUACCAUGCACACUGGCUCGCCGUCGAGGGUGUCCAGCCACAAAUACCUGAAAACCCCCCUGUCAUCGUGAAGGAAGGGGACGUCCCGGCACCGCUGAACGCGAAGACGAACGGCGUCGUGGUCACUCCGGCUGGAGGCGUGAAGAAGCUGCAACAGACGCCGAUCCAGGGUCAACAACAACAACAGCUUGUCAAGCAAGUGCUCUCGCGCGAAUUACAACUGUACUACACGCGCUUGACCACUUCUCUGUCAACAUCAUCAUACUCUGCGCCCGACGAGUUGAAGAAGCGCGCCGCAGCGAUCGGCAGUCUGAGCCAGGACGCAGGAUUGCAAGCACUUCUUCCUUAUCUCAUCCGAUGGGUUAGCGAGAGCGUCGUUGCCGUACUCAAGGAAGGGGGGCAGUCAGAGCAAGACGGGCACACCCUCGAGACAAUGCUGGAUGUCAUCGGCGCUCUGAUGCGAAAUACAACCCUGUUCAUCGAGCCUUACUUGCAUCAAUUGUUGCCACCCCUCCUCUCCCUCCUGCUUCACAGCACGCUUCCACCCUCCCACGCUGUCGUCCUCCGCACGAAGUCGGCACAGACACUCGCCGAGCUUCUGCGGAAGCAUUCCACAACGUACCCCUCCCUCGCCCCACGCAUAAUGAAGACGCUGCUUCUCGCGCUGAUAUCACCAGAGAAAUCGACCCAUAUUGGCACCCGGGAGGGCGCCGUCCGUGGGCUCGUCGGCGUUGGGAAGGAAGCCGUAAGGAAGGGUCUCGUCGAGGGUGGCGGCGCGCGCGUUAUCGGAAAUGAGGUCUCAUCCGGGCUUCCGGGUGGCGAUGGGCUUGCAACGGUGGUGAUGGAUGCGCUCGCCAUCAUGAAGCCAACAGACCGGGACGACCAGAUGGACACGCUGGAGACCCUGACCCAGGACACGGAGCUCGUCGAACAGCUGACUUCGAAGAUUGGCGAGCACUUCGCAAGGCGAGUGCUGGCCGAAGGCAAUAGGGAGUGGGUGCGAAGCCUGCUGGAAGGCGAGGGUUGACGCGCCCCAAAUAUUUUUUGCUCAUGAUCGUAUCUGCUUUGGACACUGCAUAUUUGUACUGCUUUCGUAUGUUGCUUCACAAUGAGUGCUGAGCCUUGGCCAAUGCCAUCCGUGUACCGGCGACUCUGGCC